ACUAAAAACUAGCCGUUGGAAAAGGACGCGUAUAAUCACGCCGCUCAACUCUAACGUUCCAAAAACACAUCAAUAUAAUUAAAAAAAAAAUUAAUUUCUUUCUCAAACUUUUUCUUCAUAUUUUAAUUUCAACAUCACAGUGUUUAUGACCCCAAAUCAAUCAAUCUCUUCUUCUCAAACUCAUCACUUCUCUCUAUUUUCUCUCUCCUCCUUUCUCUCUCUACGAAGGAAGAAGAAGAAAGGAAUUUCAAAUUUCAAUUCAUUCAAGUUUCUUUCUCUUUCUUCAUUCUUUAUCUCUUUAAAUGGCGGCGAUGAACGGCGGUUACUCCGACAAUACUCCGGCGGCAGAUCCGGCGGGUCCUCCGGCGAAGCAGAACGUUGCUCCGGCUAAGACUGUUGAUACUCAAUCUGUUCUUAAAAGGUUGCAGUCUGAAUUAAUGUCUCUUAUGAUGAGUGGUGAUCCUGGAAUCUCAGCGUUUCCUGAAGAAGACAAUAUAUUCAACUGGAAAGGAACAAUUCAUGGAAGCAAAGAAACAGUAUUUGAAGGCACAGAAUAUAAACUUUCUCUAAGUUUUCCUGCUGAUUACCCAUUUAAACCCCCUAAAGUCAAGUUUGAGACUGGUUGUUUCCACCCGAAUGUUGAUGUUUUUGGUAACAUUUGCUUGGACAUUCUUCAGGAUAAAUGGUCAUCUGCUUAUGAUGUGAGAACUAUAUUGCUAUCCAUCCAAAGUUUGCUUGGAGAGCCUAAUACCAGCUCACCAUUAAACACACAAGCAGCAGCUCUUUGGAGCAAUCAAGAAGAGUAUAGAAAAAUGGUGGAAAAGCUUUACAACAAGCCAGCAGCAUAGAGGAGUGUGUGGGGUGUUAGGUGAUGAAAAGGUUGGGUGGUUUGGGAGCACAGUUUCUGAUGAUUUGUUAGGUUGAAAAGACAAAAUUCUUUGUGUUUCAAUCAUUGUGCCAAUCAUUUGUUGUUACACAGAACCUUUUUAUUUUAGUGGAAUUUUUACAUUUUUUUUGCCUAA